AUGUCCCCUCUUCGAGGCUAUAUCACUUCCUACCCUCCGCGCAUGCGCCAGUAUGGAAACGCGUUGCUCACACCCGUCAACCCUCCGUCGCAGGCCGGUCCGACACCGCGCACCACGAAGCGUGGUACAACAGCCAUCAAUUACGCCGAAGAUGGCUACGAUGACGAAGACUUCGAUGAGACCGACGGCCCCCGCCGACCAACCGGGCUAAGGAGCCUUCGGCGCGAAGAAUCCGCCGCCGACAAGAUGAUUCCUUUUUCAGAGAAAUUGGGCAAGGAAGUGCAUGCGCCGGUAGAGGUUCAAGGUCUCUUUCGCGAAUGGAUGAUCAAGCGGAUGUUGCGACCAGCAUGCGCGGACCAACUGCAAAUCCAGGCGCAACUUCCCUUGACCUUGGUCCCUAUUCGGAUUGACGUCGAAGUACCCGCUCAUCAGCCUCUCGAACCCUUCCCCCUCCCACGCACGUCUGCAGACCCUGCAAUCAAUCAAACUCUUCCUGCCUACCGCAGACCCGACCCAUUGCCUCCAUUCCGAAUCAAGGAUACGUUCCUAUGGAACCUCCACGAAUCACUGUCGACCCCAGAAGAGUUCGCCAUUGGCUUCGUGCGCGAUCUCGACCUACCAAACCCCCAGGCUACGACCAUGACAAUCAGUAAUCAGAUUCGACAGCAGCUGGAGGAAUACGCCGGUGUUGCCCUCCACCCCCUCUUCCAAAGCACGGACUCCGGCGUUGCGCCUAGUCUCCCACCACAGACCGAGCCUUCUCGAGACACCUCAAUGACACCAGCUGCCACCAAUGCUGCGACUCCUGAUAGCCGACCAAUCAUCACCACCACCGUCACACCUACCAAAGAAGCGCUCGUCAAUGACAGCCUUCUCAAUCCCGAUGAUGCCUAUCGGUGCCUGAUCACCCUCAACAUCAACCUACAGAACAAGCUCUAUACAGAUAAAUUCGAGUGGUCUCUACUUCACCCACCCGGCUUGGCCGAGGAAUUUGCGCGUAUCACUUGCGCAGACCUCAGUCUCGGCGGUGAAUGGGUCAGCGCCCUCGCGCACGCCAUCUACGAAGCCGUAUUGAAGUUCAAGAAGGAAGUCUGCGAAGGCGGUGUCCUUGUCAGUGGGAUCAAUGGUUAUGGUAAUGAUAUUGACAACCUUGCCGCCAACGGCGUGGAAGCCGGCUGGCGUUACGACCCAGAGACCAUCUGCGAAGAGUGGCAGCCCUCGGUAGAGGCAUUGUCUAAGGAAGAGAUUGAACGCCGGGAAGGGGAUCGUGAACGCCAGAUUCGUCGCUUGCGACGAGAGACCGCCAGAUUCUCAUCAACCACAGGGAUCACGCCUGAUCACCAACGACAAAGUAGCAGUCACUUUGAAGUUGACGGCGACACUCCGCUGGGUCGGGGUGAGCGGAACAAGCGCAAGCGCCGAUUCCGUAGCCUGAGCCCCAAUGGCAGGGGUGGUACCCCCGGUGGCCGUGGAACCCCCGAUACUGGAUCAGGGGCCGGGUAUGGAGGAGGUGGUGGUACACUCUCUGAAUGGGAGCGCCAAAGCUGGAGAUGCAAGAACUGUGCCGUAUGGGGUACAGCAGUUUGGGCUGUGCGAGACGGUCCAGACGGUCCACGGACCCUCUGCCACAAUUGUGGUUUGCUCUACGAGCGCGAUAAGGUCGCACCGGAAUGGUCCAAGGACCUUCAUCGGCACGACAUCCCCGUUGGCCGAUUUGGCUAA